AGGAUAUCUAUAUUGAUGCGGUAAAAGAAAAGAAUAGUUAAACCAUCUUAUUGACAGGAUGGGAUAAAUUUUCAAAAUGAUUCAGACUUACCUUCCAAAAGCAUAGUAAAAGAAUGGAGAUAUUUAAAAAACACUGGAAAUAUUUGCACGACCAAUUAUAUAAGAGGAGUAAGAAGGAUUCAAGUAUUUUCAAGAUUGAUGAAUUUAGGAAAUUAAAAAUUAACAAUAUUUAAAAAAAAUUAAGGUCUUACCAGGACUCGAACCUGGGUUAAAGGAGUCAGAAUCCUUUGUGAUAACCGCUACACUACAAGACCCAAUCUGGCUUAUGAGUUUAAGUAUUAGUUAUAUAAUUAGUUGAACACAUUAUUAGUUUUCAAAUUAAAAAGAUAUCAAGAUACCCACUUACUUAUCUAACUAUUGAAAGAAUCUAUAAUUUAGAUUAUUUGAUACUUUUUAUUUCAUUGUUUGGAUUCAACAAU